AUGAUGAAUGGGCAAAAAAUGGCAGCAGCAGAGGUGGCAGUGCAGCUGCCUGAGUCAAAGGUGGCAGCUGAGAACAUUAGUGGAGCAAUGAGUGGGCCCCUUGUAGCGCUGUCCUUCAUGGUCACAGCCAAACAGUCCAGCACCGUCUCCGUCUAUGGCUUCAUGCUUCCUAUUCAAUCCAAGUGGUCCUUCUCUCCCUCAUUUGAAUAUUUGGUUGGAGUCUCUGCGGCUGUUGCAGCACACUCAUUGCUGCAACUGCUGAGUAGCUUGUCAAGGUUGCUUCGAAAUUCUCCGGUGUUUGCAUAUGCAAUGAUAAGUGCCGGGGCUGCUUCAUCAGGAGUUACCAACCUCAAUCGCACAGGAAUCCGGCAUACAGCUUUGCCAAAUUUCUGCAAGCCUUUACAGAGCUUCUGUGACCAUGUUGCUGUCUCUAUAUUCUUCACUUUCUUGAGCUGCUUCUUGCUUGCUGCAUCUGCAGUUCAGGAAGUCAUGUGGCUCUCCAGAUCCAAGCAUUGA